CGGCUCGUGAAGGCAGCAUCAGUCUCCUGGAUCCUGGGUGUGUGCAGUCAGUUCAGCCCAGAGACUGAGGGAGAAAACACCAGGAACAUCUCAGCGUGACUCCAGCUGUGCCUGUCACCUGUCACCUUGUCCGAAAACUUGUUCUCCUUCUCCACUGGACGGACCGAGAAUGGGAAACUACCCGAGCUAGUUUCUGACGAGGACACAAAUUCAGGAGGGGAACUGUGCUAAAAUUGCCAGGUUGAGCCUUUCAGUCACAGCGUUUGCCUCGGGUGAAGGACCAGGAACACCGUGGAAAAUGCAGACCUUCCUGAAAGGCCGGAGAGUCGGCUACUGGCUCAGCGAGAAGAAGAUGAAGAAGCUGAAUUUUCAGGCCUUUGCUGAUUUGUGCAGGAAAAGAGGAAUAGAAGUUGUUCAGCUGGACCUGAGCCAGCCUCUGGAGGAGCAGGGUCCGCUGGACGUCAUCAUCCACAAACUGACUGAUCUCAUAUUAGAGGCCGACCAGAAUGACUCACAGGCUGUGCUACUGGUGCAAAGAGUACAGGACUACAUUGACGCCCACCCUGAGACCAUCGUCCUGGAUCCUCUUCCAGCCAUCCGGACUCUGCUGGACCGCUGCAAGUCCUACCAGCUCAUCCACAGGAUAGAGAGUUGUAUGCAAGAUGAGCGGAUUUGCUCUCCUCCAUUCAUGGUCCUCAACACAGAUUGUAGCCCAGAUGUGCUGGAGCAGAUCAAGAGGCAAGGACUCACAUUCCCCUUCAUUUGCAAAACACGGGUGGCUCAUGGAACCAACUCCCACGAGAUGGCCAUUAUCUUCAGUGAAGAGGACCUGAAUGACGUGAAGCCUCCCUGUGUCAUCCAGAGCUUCAUCAACCACAACGCAGUGCUCUACAAGGUGUUUGUGGUGGGAGAUUCCUACACUGUGGUGGAGAGACCCUCACUGAAGAACUUCCCUGCUGGACCUGCAGGUUGGUCAUCAGUGACAUCUAGUGACAUCUGGCUUCACUGUUUGCAUCCUAAAUACAGGAAAGCAAUUUUCUUCAACAGCCACAACGUUUCCAAACCAGAGUCAUCCUCAGACUUGACUACGAGAGAGAACGUAGAAGGAGUGUCUCAGCCACCCAAUGAUGAUGUCAUCAGAGAGUUGUCCAGGUCACUGCGGCAGGCGCUCGGCGUGUCCCUGUUUGGUAUCGACGUGAUCAUCAACAACCAAACAGGCCAACAUGCCGUCAUUGACAUCAAUGCAUUCCCUGGUUAUGAGGGUGUCCCGGAGUUUUUCAACGACCUCCUGAACCACAUCACCAGCGUGCUCCAGAGCCAGAGCCCAGACUUCACCCCCGCCAGCGAGCAGCCUAAAAGUUUGCCAGUGAGCACCACGGUACCUAACGCCGCCCCGCCGGCCCCGGGCUGCUGCAGCAUGCUGGGGAAAGAGGCCAGCGGCAGCCCCUGGAUCGUAGAGGGUGACGGAGGGCUGAAGGGCCCGCGUCAGAGACUGGGCUGCAACACGGCCAUGUCCCCCAACUUCCAGCAGCACUGUGUCUCCACGAUAGCUACCAAGGCUUCCUCUCAGUGACUGAUGCCCUGCUCCCACUCCGUUUGAUCCCUGAACAAAAAAAAACAAAAACGGAUGACAAUGGUGACAAUAAUAUGAAUAAUGAUCAUAAUAAUUAUGAUGUUAAUGACGAUAAUAUAUCUAAUCAAAAAACAAACCUUUUCCUAUAUAGUUAUUGAAAAUGAUGAUGAUUGGGUGUAAGCUUUUUUCUCUCUGCCUUUUUGUAUUUUUCGUUUCGUCUAAUGAGACUUAACAGUACUGUAAUGUGAACUUAUGGGAACUUUUGCCUAAUAGCUGAUUUUAUUUUUCUCUCUUGUGUGAGUUCUCUGUAAUGAAAGUGUAAUGGGAAAUGGCCGAAUCAGGACUGGAGAAAGACGAGCCACUAAGAUGUGCAAUGUAUGAUCCGAUGUCUCUCUCUCUCACACACACUCACACACACACACGCACAGGUAUGCUUAUAUUGUGCCAGUGACGUGCGUUUGUAUUCUGGUCAUUACCACUGACUCCUCUGCACACAGUGAGGGGGAGAAAAAGGUGGCUGGACAUUACAACACUACUCCACAGAUCCCGGGCUGCUAUGUGACUGUGGCCAACCGACGGCAGGACAUAAUGAGCGUGAACAUGAAAGACAAAGAUCGUUUUAGUUUGAACAAGCAAGUAAGCUGUUUACUUUUCCGAGUGCCAUCAAUUUUACAUCAAGAGUAGGAAGGACGCCGGCAGAAAAAAAACAUCUUUAAAGGCUAAAAAGAAGAACGUAAAUCUCCAUGAACAUGAGACCAAGUUUUUUUUCUUUUCUUUUUUUUUUUUUUAACAAUUGUUGUUGCAACAAUGUUUAUAGGUGUUUGUUUUACUGUAUGUCAGAUGCCGGAUGUUAGGUGUUCAAACAAACGUCAUCGCUUGAGUCCCAGUUCAAGCCGCUCCGGCGCAGGAAGACGAGGAUCACAUUCCUUCUUUUUUUUUGUUUGUUUGUGGAUGUUUCCAGAGAAUUCCAUGAUUUUCUCCCCCCCCAGAAUUCCAGUGGGAUCGUGUGAGAUUGUCUCUCAUCACUUCAUGAGCUUGCAAUCUCCUUAAACAAGACUCUUCGUGCGUCUUCAGUGCUUGCAUUUUUAAUGUGAGCAAACAGACUCGGGGCUGCUGUGUAGUUUUUCAUGAAAUUCAAUUACUCAACUAAAAUGAAGAUAAAUUAUGAGUUUAAAUACCCUCCAAUUUGGUACUAAUUAUUUUGAUACCAUUAAAUGACGAUGGUUCUAGUUAAUUAUGAAACUUUAUUACCUCUCAUUUGAUUUAAUUUUAAUGUAACAGCAAAAUUUUUUUUUUCAAAUUCAGUGAAAUAAAACCUUCAGUCCGGUCCAUUCAUUCGCUUCAAGCUGAAACUCUCCGACCUGUCUUCUGUUCCAGCUGCUGUAUGUGUGUCACAUGUUUAAAAAGAAUCAUUUGGAGGAGAAGUGGGAGAGACGGUCCAGCUCUUGUUCCCAGUGUUCACUGUGAGAUUUUUUUACUCCAAUUUUGUUAAUACCUUUGUCCUGAUAUCUACUAAGAGCAACUUUAUUUUAUUGAGAUUUUAUGGGGGAAAAAUGUUUUAUAUUAAUGAAAUGAGAGCACGGGAUGUUUUUGAACAAACAGUGGAUAUUUACUAAAGGUGUAGUUAUGAAAAAAAAGAAGGCUGGGUCUUGGUUGUACAGGUGGCAUUGAAGGGGACAAAAUGAGCUUGUGGUUGACGCUGUUGUCUCCCUCUAGCAUCUAGUGGGAAGGAAUGCCAACCCACAGUGCGUACAGGUUAUCACAUCCCUCCCAGCCUGCUGCUGCUGCUUCGUCUUCUCUUGUCCCAGAGAGGCUCCUCCUUGCUGUUUUAUUUCCUCCAUCAGUAUCCGAGGGAAAUGGACUGUCCCUUCGCUCACCCUGUGAUCGUAAAUAAUACUGUCAGCCAUCUCACCAGCAUCUCUCUGGGUCAAAAGAACACGUGUCAUAGACGGUUGCUAUCCUGUUUUGAUCUCCUACAACUAGUGUCAUGAACCAACAAUAAAUCAGAAAAUACAAAGGCAUUGCAGCAGGUACAGAGGAUUCUUAAACAUCCUUUCGUCCCCUUUGAUUCCUCAUCUAAGAAAGCGGGCGUGUCCCUGUUUGGGCUGAUAUCUGUGUACACAACUAUAUUGUGUGUCCUAUGUUGUGUUCCUUACUGUGCUUCUAAAUGGGAAAUAAAUGGUUAACCCUAUCCUUGGUCAUUUCUGCAACCCAGACAAGUGUCAUCAUGCUCCUGAAUCCUGAAUGUUUACGUCUUGGGUGUCCUGUACAGUACGUGUAUGUAUAUAUGCCUAGGCUUACAUCCGUACAGUAUGUUGUUUUGUAUCAGUUCUGUAAUUGAGAGGAAUCCACAAUUUUGUGACCUUUUUUUUAAUUAAAUGGCCAAAACAACAGGGUGAAAUAAACAUGUCAAACCUUC